CAUAUCUGGAUUCCUGAAAUGAACACACCAUAAUUUUUCGUGCCCAUUUUUGUCCUUCCAUUGACACACAGACACACCAAACGUAUCUUCUUUCUCUAUGUGUGGUAUGUCUAUAUAUCACUACCACCUUCAGAUGCUGAGAAAGUGGAUUUCACACCACAGUCAUAAACCUAAUCAAGUAGCAAUCUCCAUAACCAGUUUGCGUCCUACUCUUCCUCUUCUUUUAUGUUGGAUAUCAAAUCUGUUUCCUCUCAAAAGAAACAAACCAUGAGCGUUUCUACCUCAAAAGCUCAAUGUUUACCACUUAAGUUUUGUCUCAUCUCUUAAGCUUUUCUCAUUUCACGCACUACUCUGUUCCGUGUUUUAAGCUUCUUGCUCACCAUUGUUUUUUUUUUUUUUUUUUUUUUGAAAGCUCACCAUUGUUGCUUCUCCUAUUUAAACCAUUUUCGUUUCUGAAAAUGGCGCACUGACUCUGCUUAAAGCCGUUAACCUUUCCCAAUAGCAAUUGGGCCAGAGCAAGUUGUGCUACAAAAGUUCCUAACAGAACUUUCCCGCGUCAUUCAUCACAAUCUUCAUCACUAUAUAUAUAUAUAUAUAACUUCCUUGCCAAGAAGAAAGCCUCAAACCUCCAAGAAAAAAAAGCCUUUCACAUACUCAUUUUUCUUACCAAAACAUCUAAAAGAUGCCCAUCUCUUGUACCAGAAACUUCUUUGAAAGAUUCUGCGUUGAUGAAUACAAUAUUGAUACCAUUAAACAGAGUAGUUUCCUCUCCGCAGAUCUUUUGCCAUCUCUUGGAGCCAGAAUUAACCAAUCCACAAAGCUACGUAAACACAUAUUAUCUCCUUUCAAUCCAAAAUAUAGAGCAUGGGAGAUGUGGCUAGUCUUUCUAGUCAUUUACUCAGCUUGGAUUUGCCCAUUUGAGUUUGCAUUCAUCACCUACAAAAAGGACGCGAUUUUCAUCAUAGACAAUAUUGUUAAUGGCUUCUUCGCCAUUGAUAUUGUCCUCACCUUCUUCGUCGCCUAUCUCGAUAGCCACUCCUAUCUUCUAGUUGACAAUCCUAAGAAAAUAGCAAUAAGGUACCUCUCUACUUGGUUCGCUUUCGAUGUGUGUUCGACUGCACCAUUUCAGCCUUUGAGCCUACUGUUUAACUACAAUGGAAGCGAGUUAGGAUUCAGAAUUCUUAGCAUGCUCAGGUUAUGGAGGCUGAGACGAGUGAGCUCGCUGUUUGAAAGGCUUGAGAAAGAUAUCCGUUUCAACUAUUUCUGGAUACGAUGCACAAAACUCAUUUCGGUCACUUUGUUCGCUGUACAUUGUGCUGGAUGUUUCAACUACCUGAUCGCGGAUAGAUACCCUAAUCCAAGAAAGACAUGGAUCGGAGAUGUAUAUCCAGACUUUAAGAAAGCAAGUCUCUGUGAUAGAUAUGUGACUGCUCUUUACUGGUCAAUUACGACAUUGACGACCACUGGAUAUGGGGAUUUGCAUCCUGAGAAUCCAAGAGAAAUGCUCUUUGACAUUUUCUUCAUGAUGUUCAACCUCGGCUUGACAGCUUACCUGAUUGGAAAUAUGACUAACCUCGUCGUUCACUGGACUAGACGAACCAGGAGCUUUAGAGAUACAGUGAGAGCUGCUUCAGAGUUUGCUUCAAGAAACCAACUCCCACAUGACAUACAAGACCAAAUGUUAUCACACAUUUGCCUGAAGUUCAAAACCGAGGGCUUGAAACAACAAGAAACUUUGAACAAUUUGCCAAAAGCAAUCCGGUCAAGCAUUGCAAACUAUCUCUUCUUCCCCAUUGUUCAAAACAUUUACCUCUUUCAAGGAGUUUCUCGUAACUUCCUCUUUCAAUUGGUUUCAGAUAUAGAUGCUGAAUAUUUCCCACCUAAGGAAGAUAUAAUUCUACAAAACGAAGCUCCUACGGAUCUUUACAUCUUGGUCUCAGGAUCAGUGGAUUUCACAGCCUAUGUUGAUGGAAAUGAUCAGAUUCAAGGCAAAGCAGUUGUAGGAGAUAUGUUUGGAGAGAUUGGAGUCUUAUGCUGUAGACCUCAACCUUUUACGGUAAAGACAACCGAGCUAUCUCAAAUACUACGGAUAAGUAGAAGAUCUCUCAUGAGCGCGAUGCACGCUCAUGCUGAAGAUGGACGAGUUAUAAUGAACAAUCUCUUCAAGAAACUCAGAGGACAACAAACAAUAGCGAUAGAAGAUUAUGAUCAGCAAAGCAGAGAUUUCCAACGAAUGGGGUGGGAGGAGUGGAUGGAUUCAAGAAAAUAUGGCGAUGACUUAGAUGAUACGGAGUCGACUUCAGAAAAUGGAGAAAAGGCCCUAAUGGACGCAAUUCACAAGGGGGAUACUGAAAUGGUUAAGAAGCUACUUAAACAAGGGUUUAACAUAGAGAAACCAAAGGCUCUUGCAGAGCUACAAAGAAAGAAAAGCAUAUGUGAUCACUUACUAAGUUCACAUCAGCAUUGCAGCUCCAGCAUCAAAAUCAAGCCAUGUAAAGGAAAAGACAAGAGAGUUACUAUUCACAUGUUGUCACAAGAGAAGGAUCUAUCACAGUGCCAUAACGGGAAGUUGAUAGUCUUACCUAAAUCCAUUAAAGAGCUUCUAAGUCUAGCAGGUGAAAAGUUUGGAGGUUGCAGCUUCACAAAGAUCACGAAUGUAGAGAACACUGAGAUUGAUGAUUUAGAUGUCAUUUGGGAUGGUGAUCAUUUGUUUUUUACAUCAGACUGAGUUUGAAGGUAGUAACUGAGACUAGCCUCCCUUCGUUACAUCAAUGUAUAUCUGCGCCAGUCUAUCCUUACCCCGGUUUCAUAGAAAAAACUAGAUUAUCAAAAACCAUAAUCUGCGAAACUGAUAUGGAUUGACAAACGGCACAGUCAAUAGUUUGUGGAAUGUAUAUGAUAUAUACAUAUAUAAUGUAAUAACAAAAAACUUGAAAAAAUAAGAAGUCAAAAGAAAAGUAUGUAAUGCAAUAAAUAAAUUUUUGUUGUUCAUCUU